UUUCAGCAGAAAGAGAAAGAAGAUUACAAAGAAGUGUUUGCCCCAACUGCUAAGUCUCCAACGCUACGUGUGCUGCUGGCGGUAGCUGCUGUGCGUAAAUGGAAGGUGAAGCAGAUGGACAUCGUAACCGCUUUUCUGUACGGCAUUGUGGAAGAGGAGGUGUACAUGGUUCAACCACCUGGCUAUGAGGAUGGAACCGGUCGUGUCUGCAAACUUAACAAGGCCAUCUAUGGCUUGAAGCAGGCCCCGAGAUGCUGGUACAACAGGCUGGCCAGUGCACUGGAAGGGAUUGGAUUCCGUGCGAGUGCAUGCGACGAGAGCCUAUUCCUGAUGGGCGAGGGGGAGUCGCUUGUGCUUCUGCUGGUGUACGUGGAUGACAUCCUGCUCUUCAGCAGCAGUGACAAGGAGAUCGAUGGGGUGCAGCAGAAGCUCACAGAGCAGUUCAAGUGCAAGUCACUUGGAGAGGCAAGGCAGCUGAAGGAGAAGGAGUUGAGAGUGAAGACCAGAGGCAAUUCCAAUCCAUGGUCGGGAGCCUACUCUACGCUGCUGUGCAUACUCGGCCUGACAUCAGCUUUGCUGUGGGACAGCUGGCUCGAGUAGUGCAAAAUCCAACAGAAGAGCAGUGUGGUGCAGCGGAGAGAGUGGUGCACUACCUCAAGUCAUACCCUACAGUGGGAGUACAGUAUUCAGCCUCU